AUGUCGGAUUCGACAUACGAUUUCAUUAUUGUCGGAGGAGGAACGGCCGGAUGUCUCCUCGCUCAUCGUCUCGCGCACACACAGUCUCGUCCCUCGGUCCUCGUCGUCGAGGCUGGCCCGAAGCCAGAGGGUGAGCACCUCCGAGCGCCAUAUCACCGCUUUGCGCCUGCGUUCACACGACCUGAUCUCGACUAUGAGUACUCCACUAUCCCGCAAAAGGAAUUGAACGGACGGGUUGUGCCGUACAAUCGUGGAAAGGGACUAGGAGGGAGCAGCAUAUUGAAUUUCGCCGUGUAUUUGUACGGGUCCUCGGAGGAUUAUAAUCGGUGGGCUGAGCUAGUUGGGGAUGAUGCGUGGAAGUGGGAGAACACGCUGAAGUCGUUUCAAGCGAUUGAAAACUACGAUACCACUGGCUCGAAAGAUUACCCGCAUCUAGCGAAUCCGGAUUCAGAGGUGCAUGGGAAAAGUGGCCAGGUUCAAAUUUGUGUUCCACCAGUCCUAGAAAAGGGGUUCGCGUCGCAUAUGGAGGCCGUCAUCGAGGCGGGGGAGAAGGUGAACCUGGAUGCGAAUUCAGGGGAUCCGGUGGGAAUAUCGGUGUUUCCUGCGUCGUAUGGGGCAGAAGGGAGGUCGACGAGCGCAACGGCGCAUCUUUUGAAUAGUCCGGAUAAUCUCACCAUCUGGACUGGGGCGACGGUCCAGAGAUUGGUGUUCGAGGGGACGAAGGUUGUGGGGGUAAAGACGACUGACGGCCGGACUGCAUCUGCGCGACAUGACACUAUCAUUACGGGUGGAUCCAUCGACACUCCUCGGCUGCUUCUUGUGAACGGAAUCGGACCGGCCAAGGAACUCGAAGCCCUCAGCAUCAAGGUCGUCAAGGACCUACCUGGCGUUGGUAAGGGCCUACACGAUCACGUCAUGACGUUCCUUUGCGUGGAAAUCGAUGGAUCUCACAACGAUCGGUAUGCGUUCGAAAGCAACGAGAACAUGAUGCUCGAGGCAGAUGCCCAGUGGAAGAAUGACCACACCGGCAGGUACUCUCUAGAUUUCAGCGGCCUCUGGGGAGGGUUCCUGAAACUUCCAGAACUCGAGAAUCUCCCCGAAUUCAAGGGACUGGACGAGAGUAUGCAGAGAUUCCUCUUGAAGGACAAGGUGCCGGCUUAUGAGUUUACCGCUCCCUCCAUCCUGUUCCCGCCAGGCACGCCGCUCGAGGAGGGAAAUACCUAUCUAUCUGCUGUGGCGUUUCUGAUGAACGCACAAUCAGAGGGCUCUAUAACACUUUCUUCGUCGAAUCCAGACGACAAGCCAGUCAUCGACUUUGCAUACCUCACUCAUCCGUAUGAUAAGCGCAUCAUGCGAGAGUCGGUGCGGCAGUCGUGGAUCAAGUUGUUCGAAAACCCAGCGAUCAAGCCAUUGAUCAAGCGUAGGCUGUACGGACCUGAGACAUUAUCCGACGAAGACGUCGAUGCGUUUGUCAAAGAUGCCGCUGGCACAGUUUGGCACGCUAAUGGAACUGUGGUGAUGGGCAAGCCGGAGAACCCCAAGGCAUGUGUGGAUACUAGUUUCCGGGUGUAUGGCGUGCAAGGGCUUCGCGUGGCAGACUUGAGUGUCUGUCCUGUAACGACAAACAACCACACGCAAGCAACGGCAUACUUGGUGGGACAGAAGGCUGCGGAAAAGCUCAUUGCCGAGUACCAGUUGGACACAGUCGGUUCAUCCAAGUUGUAG